AUGAGCACGAAUGCACCAGCAUUGAUCCUAACACUCUACAGCCGCAGCCUCUUUGAAAGAAUAAUAGAAUUUGGCAUUGAACCUAUCUUCCUGGACACACAAUUUCGAAUAGCAAACAAUAAGGGUUCAAUUGGGUUCUUAUCAAAUAAACGAAGAGUUAAUGUGGCACUGACCAGGGCAAAAUUCCAGCUUUUCGUGUUUGGAGAUCAACAGACCUUGUCGUCUAAUAGGCUUUGGUAA